AUGGGUCCCAGCAUCUGUUCCUCCCACGCUAUCCGUCUUCCCUAUGCAAAUCUCAACCCUAAUUUCCCUCUUCUCCGUCGACGUACCCAAUUCAUCACAUUCGCAUCCAAUUCCUCUCCAUCUCAACCUCAGGGGGAUGUUCAAAACGACGCCACGGCCAAGAAAUCGUUUGCCGUGACCACGGGCGAACUCUUCAUGGGGCUGGCGUCGCGGCUCAUCAAGAGCCGCAACAAGGGAAGCAGCCUCAUCGGCGAUUCGGGUUCGGUUGCCAUGUUCGUGAAUUCUUCGGGGAAAGUGUACGCGGAGGAGAGAAUCGGGGCGGUGGUGGAGGACGAGAUUGACCCGGACGUGGUUUGGGAGCAAAGAGUGAAAGACGUUGAGGCGGAGCGGAAUAGGUUCAGGCGCGUGGUCACCACCCCCGGCUUUAGCUUCUCUGCUGCUGGUCUUCUCUUCCCUUACCAUCUCGGUGUUGCUCAAUUUCUCAUUCAAAAUGGUUACAUUAAGGAAACGACGCCGUUAGCUGGUUCCUCUGCUGGAGCAAUAGUGUGUGCUGUGAUUGCUUCUGGAGCUAGUAUGGAAGAUGCCUUGACUGCCACUAAAAUAUUGGCUGAAGAUUGUCGGAAUCGAGGGACUGCGUUUCGCUUGGGGGCUGUUCUACGUGAUAUUCUUGACAAAUUUCUGCCGGAUGAUGUUCAUAUAAGAUCUAAUGGGAGAGUCCGAGUUGCUGUGACACAGCUUCUUUGGAGACCCAGGGGUUUGUUGGUAGAUCAGUUUGCUUCCAAGGAAGAUCUCAUCAGUGCAGUUUUUACCUCUUCCUUUAUCCCAGGAUAUCUUGCUCCAAGGCCAGCAACAAUGUUUCGGAAUCGAUUAUGCAUUGAUGGGGGUUUGACUUUGUUUAUGCCACCAACAUCUGCUGCACAAACGGUUCGUGUUUGUGCUUUCCCAGCAAGUCGAUUGGGAUUGGAAGGGAUAGGAAUUAGUCCAGACUGCAAUCCAGAAAAUGCAUGUAGCCCACGACAGCUUUUCAACUGGGCACUUGAACCAGCAGAAGAUGCAAUUCUUGACCGACUCUUUGAGCUUGGAUAUCUAGAUGCGGCUGUCUGGGCAACGGAAAACCCAGUUGAAACAAUCGUUCACGAUGAUCGUCCUGCGUUUGGAAACAGCAGUGCAGCCAGUGCUAAAUAG